AUGCGUUUCUCUCUUCUAACCCUUUCGUGCUGUGCUGUUGUCACUGCGCUCUCCGGAGAAGAUGCCCUGGAAAAGUGGGGUGGACCUAGAGGUGGAGGCAUCUCCCACGGCGGUAAUAAUAUUGGCAAUGGGGAUGGUGGUGGGAUUGACAUUGACACUGGGGGUGGUGACAUUGGGGACCUUGGGGUUGGGGUUGGGGGUGGAGGGGGUGGUGGUGGUUGCGACCCGGCCGCUUGUGACGCCAAGUGCCGGGGAUUAGGUGACCUAUCAGGUUACUGCGACAACGGUAGCGGAUCCCCCAGUGUACUUGGCCUUAUCCUUGGACAAACUACGCCGUUAGUCUCUUCUCGAUCGUCUUGGGAUUGCGGAGCCAUCUGA